AUGAUCCAAAAACAGGCUAGGACAGGCUUGGUGGUUCCUUGCAUUAUUAGGGGGAAACCGGUCUCGCUCCCCGACUCUCAGAACUUUGCAGUGAUCGAGGGUAAGACUGGAGAUAUUGCGCAUUAUGCUCAAAGUGCUACGGUAGAGGUCGCAAUUAAUGCGGUGGAGGCCGCUGCCGAUGCAUUUAAGUCGUGGAAGAAAGUCUCCGUCACCCAGCGGCGAGACAUCCUAAACAAGGCAGCUGAUAUCGUCGUCAACAAGACCGAGGAGGCUGUGAGGCGCGAGACAGCCGAGACGAGCUGCGAUCCGGCGUGGCCUGUCUUUGACUGCUCGUUCGCAGCUACCAGUAUCAGGCAAAACGCCGCCACUGCGAUGAGAGUGUGUGGCAGCAUUCCACCAACGGACAACAGUGCGCAUACUUCAUUAAUCUUCAAGGAGCCCGUGGGAGUUGUGAUGGUCAUACCCCCGUGGAACGCGCCGAUGAUCCUUGCAUUGCGAGGAAUCAGCGCGGCCUUAGCGGCAGGCUGUACCGUGGUUCUAAAGGCCUCAGAACUCUCUCCAUGGUCACACCAACUUAUCCUGGAGGCCUUUGAAGAGGCCGGACUCCCGCCUGGCGUGAUCAACCAGAUUCAAUGCUCACGAAAAGAAGCUGCGCAGAUCACAGAAGCCGUUAUCAGCCAUCCUGCUCUCCGAAAAAUCGAGUUCGUAGGCAGUGCUAGUGUUGGAAAGCUUAUCGGCGUUGUAGCUGCCAGAUACCUGAAGCCGAUACUCAUGGAGCUGGGCGACCAAAGCCCAGCAAUUGUACUCGAAGACGCAGACUUAGAACUUGCCGCGGAAUGUUGUGUGCGAGGUGCCCUGGCUCAUCACGGCCAAGUAUGCUUUGGCACUGAGCGUAUUUUAGUACACGAAAAGGUCAAGGACGCUUUCGCCAAAGAACUCAGAGAGGCUAUGAAAGCCCAACCUUCAGCAGGGCACGCUGUUACGGCCGAUGGGGCGCAACGUGCGCACGACUUAAUCGAUGCCGCGCUCUCCGAAGGUGCAGAGAUCCUGAUUGGAGGGAAUAUGCUCACAGGCCUCUCGUCUCUAGAGUCGUCGAUUCUGGCGAACGUGAACCCGAAUUCCCGAAUUAGCAGAGAAGAAGGAUUUGGCCCGUCGGCGUCGCUCUAUACAAUCUCCUCUGACGAAGAAGCCGUCGAAGUUGCGAGCCAGAGUGACUACGGCUUGUCCGCAUCUAUAUUUACUAAAGACUACGCUAGGGGUCUGAGAAUGGCCCGAGACCUCGAUUUCGGACAAGUCCAGAUCAAUGCUUUCACCAUGUACGUCAAUUCACACGCGCCGGUGACGGGAUAUAAGAGUUCGGGAUGGGGAUCAAAUGGAGGUGGCUACGGGGUCGAAGAGUUUAUGUUCAAUAAGCAUGUUGCGCUCGUCAGCUAG